CGUCAUCAGCGUAGUGCCACGGUUGUGCUCUGGUCGUGAAAAGAACCUAGUUCAAAAGGCAGAAGCAGCUCCUUGUUCUAGCACAGUAUAGUUCCAGAUCCCAGACAACCACAUUCGCACAUCUAGCCAACACUCUCUCUCACAAACACAUCUAUAUACGACGUCGGCCUGCAAAAGUGGAGUGAAGGAAGAAGAAAAUUUUCCUCGGUCGGUACAUUUCGGUGAAAGAGCAAAAGAGAAAGAAUAGGCAAAAAUUGAUUUUUUUUUUGCUGGCUGGAAUUUUCUCGCCACAAACGGAAAAAGUAACCAAAACAGGUCGAUUCCGGCCUACUGUUGAUAACGCUUUUGUUCGUUGCAUCGAUCAGUUGUGCGGACUCCUCGCUCUCUUCGGAAGUGAAGUUCUCGAUUCUGACAGUGUGUGACAUUUGGUAAACGAAGAAGGUGCAGAUCAAGCGACGCUGAGUGAGGAAAAAGUUCGUCUAAAUUUGGAAGUGUUUGGUGAAUUGCUGCGUGCGUGAGCGUGUGUGUGUUUGUUAACAGCACGCCUCCAAAGCAAAUUUUAAUUGUGAAAGCAGGGUAAAAGUACAGCCUCAAAAUUACCACUUCAAUCAUGACCAACAAAGUGUUAGCAGCCGUACAAGAUCUACAAAAACAAAAUGGCGAAUCGCAGCAGAACACCACUGCAGCGUCAUCCGGAUCGGACAACGCACGCACCAACCUGAUCGUGAACUACCUCCCACAAACAAUGACUGAGGAGGAGAUCCGUAGUCUUUUCUCUUCGGUGGGGGAGGUAGAAAGCGUCAAGCUGGUUCGGGACAAGAACGUCAUCUACCCGGGUCAACCGAAGGGACAGAGUUUGGGUUACGGCUUUGUGAACUUCCACCGGUCUCAGGAUGCUGAACAGGCGGUGAAUGUGCUGAACGGGUUGCGCCUGCAGAACAAGGUUCUGAAGGUGUCCUUUGCCAGACCCAGCUCGGAGGGCAUCAAGGGUGCAAAUCUGUACAUCUCGGGUCUGCCCAAAACCAUCACCCAAGAAGAGUUGGAGAUUAUCUUCCGACCGUACGGAGAGAUUAUUACGAGCCGUGUGUUGGUACAGGAUGGCAAUGAUAAGCCAAAGGGUGUUGGGUUCAUUCGUUUCGAUCAGCGCAAGGAAGCUGAACGGGCUAUUGCUGCACUGAACGGAACGACCCCGAAGGGAUUGACCGACCCGAUUACGGUCAAGUUCUCCAACACUCCCGGACAAAACUCGACCGCUAAGAUUGUGCAACCGGCGCUGCCAACUUUCCUGAACCCGCAGUUGACACGCCGGCUGGGUGCCAUUCAUCAUCCGAUCAACAAGGGAUUAGCUCGUUUCUCGCCGAUGGGUGGCGAAGUGCUGGACAUGAUGUUGCCGACGGCCCCAACCAACGGACUUGGCGCGGUCGCACCGUCGGGCGGCUGGAGCAUCUUCAUCUACAAUCUCGCUCCGGAAACUGAGGAAAACACGCUGUGGCAGCUGUUUGGCCCGUUCGGUGCCGUUCAGAACGUCAAGAUCAUCAAAGACUCCGCCACGAACCAGUGCAAGGGCUACGGAUUCGUCACGAUGACCAAUUACGAGGAGGCCAUGCUGGCGAUCCGAUCGCUCAACGGGUACACCCUAGGACAGCGGGUGUUACAAGUCAGCUUCAAGACCAACAAAUCAAACUCCGGAUUGGGCGAUCAUUAAAGAUCAUUGUAGGAAGUAAAUCAAGCGCCUCAGGACGCUACCCCCUUGCGCGGCAGUAAUGGUCAUCCACCAUCCACACCCCCUUGUGAGUAAAUCGAAAGAGAGUUUUGAGUGAGUGAGCAAAUACAACGGUGCAAUAUUUCACUCACACACGCACGUAAAAGCAACCAUAUACAUAUACAAACACACAGACACAUACUAAAUAUUACCAAUUGCGAGCUUGUUGUGGAGGGUGCCGACAUUCGAUGCAACGACGACGCGAGGGUGCGUUCCGAGGAGUUUGAAUUUUUCCGACUUUUCAUACAAAACGCGCGCGCGAGCUGAGCUGAGCGCAUGCGGAAGAUCAAAGCCAGUGUCGUGAAAAUCACACAACUCACCCCCUCAACUCGACGCUCAGCUCUAACACACACUGACACGUGUCCAAAGCCAGAGAGAUAGAUGACAUCAAACAAAAAUACGCAGCAGACAGGCAGACAGCACUGAGCUGGAAACAAGUAUGUGUGCACUUCCCUCCUUCUCUCUCUCUCUCUAUCUAUACAUGAUCCGUAGUAACGUACAAUUUCUCCUUGUUGGAUUACAUAUUAUAUACAUUUAUGCAUUCACGUUUUAAGCAAUCACAUCUUUACGCUUGCUCUUACUUGCUCGCAGCACAUCCGCUAAUCAUCUCUUGUUGGCGCUCUUGAGCAAGUUUCCAAACCUAUUGCCAACUAGCACAUGUUCUCUUUCCGGCUCCGUCACACACAGGCGACUAAUUCAGUGUUUCGUUUCGUCGUAUUCUUCCUCUUCUAAGGCAGCCCGACACUUAAAUAGAAUGAGCAGCUGGAAAAGUGAUGAUAACGUGUGAUGAGAUCAGAGUAUAAUAGAGGAGAUGCUCUGCUGCGAAUUUUUGAAAUGUCUUCAAUCUAGUUGGCUUUACGCAAAUUAUACAGAAAUUUGAAUUAGAUCCGAUUAAGUUCAAGAUUUUACGGUGGAAAAAAGGAAAGGAAACCAUUUUUGAUGGGGCUUCCUGAAGGAGCUGGUAGGAGGCUAGUUAACAAAUCCAACCAACACACAAGCUUGACAAAGCUCGUUGACACGACGAAAACGACGAUCAAUAAGUAACAACAGCAGACAUGCCAAGAAUGUCUGCUGGAUUUAAAAAAAAACUGAAAGAAACACGAAAUUCUAGUCAAAAGAAAAAGAAAUUUUUACAAAAGCAUAUUAGACAGCAUAGGAUCUUUUACGCUAUAGUCAUAAAUGUCCCACAAGCCCCUUGGUCACUAAUACACACGUAUUGAAAGAACUAUUAAAGCUAAAACAAAACCAAGGAGGAUGUGCAUUUUCGCUGAGUGUUACAACAGUGAAAGUGGUACUGCAAUAUUUAUUUAAAAAGAAAACAUGCAAACUAUUACAUACCAAUGUCACGACACACAGUUUUCUUUCAUCACACAUCCACGUACAGCUAUCACGAGCAGCCAUUUGUCUAAAUAUGGCAGAGCAUAACAGGCAAGCAAAAAAGCUAUGAUGAGAGACGAUACAAGAUAGUAUGAUUAAAGUAAUAUUUUAGGAAAAUUUUAUUUAUUUUUACAACUAAUUUAUUUAAAAAAGCAAAAACAAUGUGGUAACCGACGGUUAAUGUGUAAGAAAAGCAAACUAUUUGCUGAAAGUAAAGCAAAAAUAUAAACAUUGUAAUUUCAACUACAUGAAAGCAAAUAAUGAAAUGAAUAACCGCAAGUAUGUGCAUGCAACAAGCAAAGAGAUCUCAUUCUAGUAUAAAACUUAACGUGGUUAAACGUAGAGGAGAAUCCCACUCACAAAAAAAAAAAAAGAAUGGAAGCAGAGUCAUUUAGUCAAAUUGAGAUAUUCUGUGGAGAGUCAUUCCUUUACACUGUGAAACAAAACUAAACGCGCAAAUCGAAAGAGACACAAAACAAACGACAAAUGAAACGUACUUAGAAGAAUAUAGAAAGAAUGAAAUGACAAAGUUGAAUUACUGGGUUUUUAUCACUCAAAGUUGGGAAGAAAUUCAAUUUGUUACAAAGCAUUAAUGUUUUGUUUUAUGCCAACAGUUUUUAUGGCUAAUUUUUUUUUCAAAUCAACAGUCCGAGGACUUUUAAUAGACUUUUUAUACAAAAAAAGAGACAAACUUAAAAUGGAAUACACGUGCUGAAACCCACCACUGACUACGAUUUAUGUUGUCUGUGUUUUUUUUUUUGUUGAGAAAACUAAAUAAUUUUGAGCAGCUUUCUGGAAAAGUUUGCGACCAUUGGAAGUAAAGUAUUAUCAACAAGCCGCAAAGCGAAUAAAAAGGUACAUUUAUCAAGAUAUUCACACAACACUAAAUGGAGAUAACCAACGGUAUAAGCGGCAAACAGAUGCAUAAAACUUUCGCACAGUAAUUUUUAAGGUGAACGUAAAACCAGCUAUUUGAUAUACACAAAACAAAAAUACUCCCACUUCUUUUCUCUCUGAAACAAAAAUGAUAUUAAUCUUAAGGUUAACAUCAUUUCAAUUCCUUAAUUGUUCGUCCUCAGCUUAAUUUAUAAAACAAUAUUUAUUCAUUUUAAAGUAACAUUGCUUUGCAUUUAAAUCUACACAAAACAAAAACUUUCGUAAUUUCUAGUCGUUGCCAACAGUACGGCGCUUGGAAACGGCCUACGGUUGGUACUUAAAAAACAAGCGAAAAGUUUCAUGGAACCGUUCUAUUAAUUUAAAAAAAACAACAACAACACCCCAACACCCGAAUCUAUUCCAUAAAACUGUGAUAAGAGCAAAACAAGAACAAAAACAAAAAAAACUACUUUAAGAAUGCGUUGACACAAGUGCAAAUAUUUCGGCUCGAAGUUUUAACCUGCGGCGCAGCAACCCGUGCCGCUGCCGCGUAUAUUUUUAGUUCUCAACUUUACUUAUUCCCACGACUCUUGUUGCAAAUUUGCACGCGCGGAUCUCAGCAGGCUCGCGCGUGAAGAAAGGCAUCUCUUCCCUUUUGACAUUUGACAGCGACAUGCACCCAGAGCCAGAGAGCAAAGGAGAUGCUCUUUUUUAUUUUUUGCGCUCUCACAUUUGUUCUUCUGUUUUAUUUCAGUUCUUUUUGCGUUUACUUUGUUUUGUUCUGUUCUUCUUUUCAUACGUUCUUUCACUUGUUUAUACGUUUAUUGUAUUAUUUCGUUUGUUUUGGUUUCUUUCGUUUUUAGUGCUACCAUUUUUGAUUUUCGAAAGAUUUGAAGAAGAAAAGAUAAUCUGACACGGAAAUCAUUAUUUGCUUCAGGUUUGACAGUAUUCAAAAACUAAACAAAUGAUCACAAUUCGACAAAUCUGUUCUUUUUAACGUCAUUCAAUUUUUGUUUGCUUUAUUCUUACUCUUAAGUUGUAGCAGGAAACACACACACACAGGCAAAAUCGCGUGCGUAAAAUCACAAAAUGUAAUUUUCUUUUUCUUUAUAUUAUUGUUUCGUAGGCACAAGGCCUUUAUUUUUUCAGUUUAUUUAUUGUUGUUUUCGUCCAUUCAAUUAUUCAGCUUACAUUUAAUAUAUUUUUAUCAUUUCGCCAUUUGGUGGAAAAAAAAUCGAAACAAGAUUUUGCUAUUGAUAGCUUAGUCUUACAGAAAUUUUCUUUCUACCAAAUGGUUUUAUUUAUAAGUUUCAUAUGGGUUCAUACUUUAUUUAUAUUAUUUAUAAGCAUUGUAUUUUUAUUUUAUUUUUAUUUUCGUCUUAAUUUCUCUUUUUCUUUUUCGUGUGUUUUUUUCUUUUCUUUUUUUAUUUUUAGGGUUUAUGUUAGAAACAAUUGAGAGUGAUGUGUGCAAUAGGAUGUGACCAUGUUUUUUUUUCUUUCUAUCCUACCUUUAAUCUUACUUUACCUACCCAUUCUACUCUUGCUUUUGCUUAGAUUAUCGUAAGGCAACUUAGAAUAUAUUUAGAGCGAAACGGACAGAGAGAAACCUUAUUUAUUGAAACAGAUUUUCACACUUAUUUAAAAACAAAUAGUUUGGGUAGCAAAACAUUAGACAAGUAAGCAUAUUUGUGUAUCACUCUUAUCACUGCACAGACACACUGGCAAUUUUGAGUUUUUGAGUUUGACCAUUUUAAAUUUUUGCCAGCAAACGCAACGUACUCUGUUUAUUUGAGUAUUUUGAAAGCGAGGCGCUAAUUUUUCAUCCUAGUUCCUUAAAACAAUGGGGUCAUAAUUUAAACCAAAAAAAGUGUCCCCCGAGAAUCCAGCAAAUUGUGUUGUCUAACAAUAUAUUGAGAAAAAAAAAUCAUUUGGAAAAAAUCACAAACUCUCACUCACACAAGUACAAACAGAUCAAAAACAACGCUUAAGUGAAAAAUAGCAUUCCCACACAGGUUUUGAACACAACUCGUACUCGUAAUCAGACAAUUUGCUGGAUUGUCCCCCCUUCAAAUGCUGAAGAAAUACGCUAAAAUAGAAGAAAACAGAAAAAAACCCUGGCUGAAAAUCAGCAAUUUAAACAAAACAAAAAAUGCAGAAAGUUAUCACCAAAACCACCAACAUUGUUAUUACAAAAAAAAAAAAACGAUGGCUUGAUUUCUGUUCAGAAUCACAGUUUUUCACUGUAUUUUACUAGGAAGCAAUGUUUCGAACAAUUAUAUAAACACAGAGUAAUACCACCUUAAAGAGGAAAUCGAAGCGACUCUCAAAACAAAACAUUCGAAUAUUAAGCAAAGAAAAAACUGGGAAAAAUACUGAUAUUUGAAACCAACUAUAGAAAUAAUUGUCACAUUUGGUAGCUUCAGUUAUUGUUCCCCCUUCUGGACAGAUAUCUUGAAUGUAAGUGAAACAAUACAACAACAUUUUAACUUAUUGCAGAAAAAGAGAAAGAGACAAAAACAAAAAGAAAACAUUAGGAUAAAACAAAAGCAAAACGUAUAUAAUUACAGCUUUGAUUUGUCAUUAUUUAUAUUCGAAUUAAUCAAUGUAUGAUUUUAUUUUCCCAAAUAUGUUCUUGUGUAUAUAAAAAUUAUAAAACAGAAAAUCAACAUUAAAAUAGUGAAAAAAAAAUAUGGAAUACAAUAAAAACUUAUAAUUUACGUCCAUUUUUCUUCAUUUUAUUUUUCCGUUAUUCCUUUAUUGGUUUCCACUAACAACAACAAAAAUAGCAGUUCAAGCAACAGUAUCGACCAGCAAUCAACAAUUUGGCGUGUGUGCUUCAUUUCCUUGAGUUCGUUUGUUGCGUCCCAAAACGGAGAGUUUGUCUGAUUUAAAAGUUGCCAUUUUUUCCUGCAUUUUCAGGGUAUGAUACGCAAAUAUUUCCUUUUUUUUAAAAAAAAGACACUGAAAUGUUUCCAAAAAUCUAAUUUAAUUUUAAAAUAUUUGUGAUCAUGCCCUGUAAAGCGGAAAAAGUUCAAUUUAAACAAAAUAAUGUUAAUGGACGAAUGUGCUUUUGUAAAUAGUGCAACGUCAGUGAAUGUUUGCAUUAAAAAUAAGCACAAACGCAAAUUCGUCCAUUUAAAUUGUUUUGCUUAAAUUUGAAAUCAGCCUACUUUGCGUUAUCUUCCUCAGUUUUGUUGUGCGUCUGUUUCUUGGGUUUGUAAGUGCUGUUUUAGGAGUAUUCCGAUUGGGUUUUUAAGUUCACCGUCUUCAAAAUAGUAAAAAACGAUACACUUUACUCAUUCUGCCCCCUUCACACAUACACACACACAAAGUCACACAAAUUACCAAAAAAAAAGACCAAGAAAACACGCUUCCAAGGGUCGAAACGUCGGUUUUUACGUCACUUUUAUGUGUUUCUUUUGGUUCGUCCACUCAAAUCUCCACCCUUUUUUUGGUCAGGCAUUCCAAUUUUGUGUUUUGAUGACAAACAUCCAUCGAAAAGGAUUGAAAACAAACAAACAAAAAAUCGCAACAGUUUUGUUCUGAUAUCAGUUUUUAUCGGCUUCUUCUUCCGUUCCAAAAAAAAAAACAACAGCAACCAAAAACAAUCGAAUUUGUUCACUUCCGUUUCCGUCACUUUUAAGUUCCCGUGAAUUUGUGUACGUGUGUGCGUGUAUCGUCAGACUUUUUGAGUUCACGGAAUUCACGGUGAAAGCCAAGCAAACAACAACAACCAAAAAAAAGUAUCAACAGCAAACCUAGAGCAUCGUUUUGUAAGCGUAUACCUAAGUCAAAUGCAAAUCAUUUCAUUUGGUUUAUUACUUAUUAUUAUCUUUCUGUGGGUAAGUAAUGAUUUCACGUUUUCUUUCUUAUUCCUGUUUUCAGGAUUUUCCGUUGUCUAUUUACUGUCAUUUCAAGCUUUCCACCUAACAAUUUUAUCUCAUAUGUUAUUUUUGUCGUAUCACAGCAGAAAUCGAGCAAAAUAACAAUAAAAGAACCAAAAACGAACACAUCGUCUUUGGUCCUUUUACAAUGUUUUGCUUGAAAUCACAGUAGACUCGUGUAAAAUCUCUCAGGUGACACUUCGAAAGGACGUAAACAAGAAAUGAACUGUUUGUUUAUCUACAUGGUUACGUCCAUAUGAACUGUCUGCUUGUUACGAUGGCUACUGCGAUCAAUCAUUUGGUCAUGCUUAAGUUGUUAAAAAUGAGUUUUUAUUAUGUGAAGUAGUCUUCAUUCUUUUACCAUUCUGCUCUUCUGAGAAGAGUUUUAUGUUAACAAUUAUUUUAAUAACAUUUUCAUGGUUUUUGUUGAAUUACACUUUUUCAAACUUUUUUCCGUAAACAACCAACACGUGAAUGUAUUUUUGUGCGCAUUUUGUAUUUUGUUUAGCAUGCUGUUUGAAAACAUAGUUCACCCCCACAGUCAACAUUCAUAAUUAAGUUUAUGUUUAGAACGUUCAUUUUAUCAAAAAAAAAAAAGUAUUUUUUGAUCAUUUCUUCUCGGUUUCAUUUUCAUCGCCACUUAUUGUUGUCUAUCUAUAACAGUCACAGUUCUUUGUGAAUUUUAUAAUAUUACGUUCUAAUUAAUUUCUGAACGCCCAAUUGCGCAUUAAUUACGUGUCUUAUCGAUUAAUUGUUAAACAGCUUGUAUUUUUUAAUUAUUUUCAGCAAAAAAAAAACGAGCAAGUGCAAACGUUUCUCACUUUUUUCCAGGUACAUUUCACAUGUUUUGUUAUUGAUUUGUUGUUCCAUGAUUACCAAAAAACAAAACCACAUAAGUUUGUUGUCUUGAUUUUUUCGUCAUGUGUUCAGAGUUUUUUCCGUAAUUACAAAUCAAAGCAAA